AUGUCAGGGAGCCAACUUACUGAGCCCUCCUUUCUCCGAGAGUCACAGGUGUUGGAGCCGGAAGGGACCUCAGAGAUCUCCCAUCUAACCCCUUCGUUUUAUAGCUCAGGAGACGGGCCCAGAGAGAAGGAAUCGCCCGAGUUUACACCAAGUUCCACGGCAGGACUUCCAGCUCCCACUCCAAGGUGUCCUCUUGCCUCCCUCCUCAGAGGUGCCCCCAAACUGAGCCCAUGGCCACCAGCUCCAAGGUGUUUAAGAAGACCUGCUCCAAUGGGAAGCUUUCCGUCUACCUGGGAAAACGGGACUUUGUGGACCAUAUCGACUCAGUGGAACCCAUUGAUGGUGUUGUCCUGAUUGACCCUGAGAACGUGAAAGAUCGAAAAG